GAGGAAAUUAGCAAAGAGCUCUUCCGAGAAAAAUGCCUGGAGUAUGCGGUCAUUAUUCCAUAUAAUGGUAUCAAAGUCAAGGGUAUGUGCUUUGGCUAAUGCCAGAGAGACUGAAUUAACCCAGGUACCUGAUUUGUUUUGGAGUGAGUGUUUGGGGUUGAGAUCUGCUGAGUCAUUUUGGGGUUCGUCUGGGGUACAUUCUGGGGUUGAGGAGACUAUCAGGUUGUUAGGGGGCUCGGCCGGAGGUCGGUUAUGUUUUGAUUGUCGAUCCCCAUGGAUCGGGGCAUGGAAAUCAGUUGUGUUUG